CUCCCCCUGAGAAGUGUCUUCUCGCUCGGAUCGAGGUGUUCCGAUGAGUUUCUUCGCCGAGAUCCCUCUUUGCGUGGCCAUUUCUUGCGGUCGUGGCACUUGAUUCUCUGUUCGGCCUUCGUUCUCGUCGCAGAUCCUGUCAAUCGAGGAUCUUGUCAGGUCAGGCAAGAAUCCUUGCUAGAGAUGAGAACUAUAAGAAAUAUAUAUACAUGAAAUUAGUUGGAUGAUGAAGUUGUGGAAUUAUGCACAAAGGAAGUUCUUUGUUCGAAAACCAUAUAAUAAUACCUUUCAGUGCAUGGCGAUAUUUUCUGAUGGAUUGAUAUUUUAAAAUCUGUUAAGGACAAAAGGAAAUGGAAGAGAUACAGUCUUAUUCAGAUAACUAUAGGUCAUCUUCGUCUUCGGCAAGUAGUCCGAUUGGCAGACCACCAGCAGGUGCAUUCUUCUACCUGAGGAAACCUGGUACUCUGAGGCAACCUAUCUCGUUCGAGGAUUCACCAGACUGGGAUGACACAGAGAUUGAUGCACACCUAGAGGAAGUUGGUGACUCAAUCCAUAUUGCAACUGCUACAGCCUCUCCAUCCUUGUCAAAGAUUAACAGUGGUUCGCUACCAUCUCCAUCCUUGCCUGAGGCUUCAACAUCUGUUACUGCAAGGAAGAUUGCAGGGGCAUCUAUAGUAUGGAAGGAAUUGACUGUUACAUUAAAUGAAAAGGGGAAGUACUCAGAUAAGGUUGUGAAAAGUUCAAAUGGAUAUGCUCUGCCAGGCACACUUACUGUUAUAAUGGGGCCUGCACGAUCUGGGAAGUCUACGUUGCUUAGGUCCAUUGCAGGUAAACUGCAAGAUCCAGCGAGAAUGUAUGGUGAGGUUUUUGUGAAUGGGGUGAAAUCAUGCAUGCCAUACGGUUCAUAUGGUUAUGUUGAUAGGGAUGAUAUGUUGAUCGAAUCACUAACUGUGCGUGAGAUGCUAUAUUACUCGGCACUUCUGCAACUUCCUGGUUUCUUCUUUCAAAAGAAGAGCUUUAUUGAGGAUGCCAUAUCAGCUAUGUCUCUGGGAGAUUUUGCAGACUCACUCAUUGGUGGCCAUUGUUACACUAAGAGUCUUCCUAGUGGAGAAAGAAGACGUGUUAGUAUUGCUCGGGAGCUUGUAAUGAGGCCACAUGUUUUGUUUAUUGAUGAACCACUUUAUCAUCUUGACAGUGUAUCAGCUCUUCUGUUAAUGGUUACAUUGAAGAAACUCGCAAGCACUGGCUGCACUCUUAUUUUCACAAUGUAUCAGAGUAGCACGGAAGUUUUUGGCCUCUUUGAUAGAAUUUGUUUACUCUCAAAUGGAAACACACUAUUCUUUGGAGAGACAUUGGCUUGUUUGCAGCAUUUUUCUAAUGCAGGGUUUCCUUGCCCAAUUAUGCAAAGUCCCUCAGAUCACUUUCUGCGAGCAAUCAACACUGAUUUUGAUAGGAUAAUAGCAAUGUGCAAGAAUUUACAGGAGGAUAAUAGUGAUCUCUCAUCAGUAAACAUGGAUACAGCCGUCGCUAUUCGAACACUUGAAGCUACUUAUAAAUCAUCAGCUGAUUCUGCUGCUGUUGAAUCUAUGAUUGUGAAACUGAUCGAUAAGGGAGGACCUUAUCUUAAAAGUAAGGGCAAGGCUAGUUGUGCCACACGCAUUGCAGUGUUAACAUGGAGGUCAUUAUUGAUUAUGUCAAGGGAAUGGAAGUAUUUUUGGAUCCGCUUUGUUUUAUAUUUGCUUCUCACGCUUUCCAUAGGUACUAUAUUUUCCAACAGUGGACAUUCUUUGUCAUCUGUAACGGUAAGAGUUGCUGCAGUGUUCUCCUUUGUAUCAUUUAUAUUAUUGCUCAGUGUAGCUGGAUUGCCUGCUCAUAUAAAUGAAAUCAAGAUAUUCACCCAUGAGGAAUCAAAUGAACAUUCUGGACCAGUAGUUUUCCUACUUGGGCAUCUGUUAUCCAGCAUUCCAUUCCUGUUCCUCGUAUCUAUUACCACAGCCCUGAUAUUCUAUUUCCUGGUUGGGAUGAGGAAUGAGUUCAGCUUGUUGAUGUACUUCAUUCUGAAUGUGUUCAUGUGCCUAUUAGCAAAUGAAGCAUUUAUGAUGGUCGUUGCCCUUAUCUGGCUUGAAACUUUCAAAUGCAUUUUGACUUUGGUUUUUAUACAUGUCAUGAUGAUGCUUGUGGCAGGAUAUUUGAAGAUAGCAGACGCUUUGCCGGGACCAGUUUGGAAGUGCCCUCUGUCCUAUGUUGCCUUCCACACUUAUGCUAUCGAGGCAUGGCCUCCUCGAGAACGAGUAUGUUGGAACUUCUUUUGCUGUUGGCCAGGUCAGGGCUAUUUCUGGUGUACAAGCUGUUCACGCUUCUUACGACAUUUCUCCUUCCAGAAAUGCAAAGUGGGGAAACUUAUUGGCAUUGUUCUUAAUGGCAGUAGGAUACCGUGUUCUCUUGUUUGUUUUGCUUCGGUUUAACGUGCGGAAAAACAUUGUCAAUUGUAACUUUUGCUGUCUUAAAAUGAAUACAACAAAGUCAAGGUGAAUGAAUCAUAUGCUUUGCCCUUCUCCAAAUAUGAUGUUCGAAGCUGAAAAAUUGUAGAUUGAAGCCUCUGUCUACACCAAGGCUAUGUUUUUACGCCUGCUCUUAAAGCAGAAGUACAUUUAUUGUUUUCCACUAAAUUCAAAAGGAUGAUGAUGAUGUCUUGGUACAA